GAAACAAGAUUCCAUGGGAGAAGUUUUCAUGCAGGGAAGCUGUGACAGAAAGCUCUCCUCUUUACACAAAGAAAAACUAACUUCAUGAACAGCAGACCAGUGCUGAAGGAUAUGUUUGUAGAUAAUUAGACCAAAAACUUACAACAUUUUCCAAAGGUCCUAAAAAGUUUUUUUUCUGAUUGAGGUUACACCAUGUGGGAAAAAAACUUGGUAUUACUGGUUCUGGUGGCCACAGCAGCCACAGAGGCCUCAGCAGCCUCAGCAGCCAAACCAGCCACAGCAGCCUCAGCAGCCAAACCAGCCACGGCAGCCAAACCAGCCACAGCAGCCACGGCAGCCAAACCAGCCACAGCAGCCAAACCAGCCACAGCAGCCAAACCAGCCACGGCAGCCUCAGCAGCCAAAGCAGCCACGUCUCCAUCAGCAAAGAAGGCCUUGAGUAGUCCUGCCACCACCCUGGCUGACAAGAGUGCCAACCUGGCUUUCAGUCUUUACCAGACCAUGGCAAAGGAGAAGGAUGUGGAAAACAUCCUCAUUUCCCCUGUGGUCGUGGCUUCGUCUCUGGGGCUGGUGGCUCUCGGGGGGAAGGCCUCCACUGCCUCGCAGGUAAAAAGCAUCCUGAAUGCAGAUAAAGUUAAAGAUGAGCAGCUGCACUCUGGCCUGGCGGAGCUCCUGACUGAGGUGAGUGACCCCAAGACGCGCAAUGUCACCUGGAAGAUCGGGAAUCGCCUGUAUGGACCCAGCUCUGUCACUUUUGUGGAUGAGUUCGUCAAAAGCAGCAAAAAGUAUUAUAAAUGUGACCACUCCAAGUUAAACUUCAAAGAUAAGAAGAGCGCGGUCAACUCCAUCAACGAGUGGGCGGCCAAGUCCACUGAUGGCAAGCUGCCCGAGGUCAUUAAAAAUGUGGAAAAGACUGACGGGGCAAUGAUCUUCAAUACUAUGUUUUUCAAACCUCACUGGGAUGAGAAGUUUCAUCAUGAGAUGGUGGACAACCGUGGAUUCCUGGUAUCCCGUGGUUACACCAUUUCGUUGGAGAUGAUGCACCGCACAGGUCUCUAUGGCUACUAUAAUGACAACGCUAACAAGGUGUCCAUUCUGAGCAUGCCGUUGGCUCUGAAGAAGUCCACCUUGGUGAUGCUCAUGCCCCACCACGUAGAGCCUCUGGAGAGGCUGGAGAAGAUCCUGAACAAAAAGCAGCUGGACGCGUGGAGCAAGAAGUUGCAGCCGACAGCCGUGGCUGUUUCUCUGCCUAAAGGUGGCAUGGAAGUCAGUCACGAUCUGCAGAAACACCUCCAGGAGUUGGGACUGACUGAUGCUGUGGACAAAUCCAAGGCUGACUUUUCCAACAUUUCUGGGAAGAAAGACCUUUACUUGUCUGGUGUAUUUCAUGCAUCUGCCAUAGAAUGGGACACUCACGGAAAUGAACCUGAUAUCAGCGUCUUUGGCACAGACAAACUCAAAAACCCCAAACUAUUCUACGUGGACCACCCUUUCAUUUUCCUUGUGCAGGACCAGAAGACAAACUCUAUCCUGUUCAUUGGCAGGAUGGUUAGACCAAAGGGUGAAAAAAUGAGAGAUGAAUUGUAACCAGAUUUUGACCUCAACAUCAAAGUUGAAUGUUUGUGUGACUGUAGAUUAUUUUUUUUUACUGCCAUAUGCUCAGAAACACAGGAAAUGAAAUUAAUGUUUGAUAAGUGGAUUCAUUUAUGUCGCAGCAUUCCAUAACAUGUCUGAGCACUUUUUCCCUUAGCUUUAGAAAACAAAGCCUUUUGGAUAUUUAACAGUUUUACGUUUUUAAAUGACCUCAAAUAAUCUAACAUCAACUAGUAUUGUUAUCAUUUUUGUAUGCAAUGCCCAAAUUCCUUGGUUUUAAUAGAGUAGUAUGAGAUUUUUGGGAGAAUUUUUUCUAAAAUGGAAGAGAUUUUAUUUUGCAAGAUGUCUUUUAUGUUUCUGGACCUUCACCUUUUUGCAUCCAUCCCCUACACUACCGAAGAAUGUUUCACUGGUAAUGCUGCUCAUGUUGAAUACAUUGAUUCACAACAGCUAAUGGAUCUUUUGUAAAUUUGUCUGAUUUAAUCAGAUCCAACUGUUGGACUAUAGGUGCAUUUGUGGUUUCACAAAACAGGUAAAUAAAGAAAAAGAAUAAUCUUCAAGAAAUAUUCUGUUUUGAAAAAAAAAAAGUAAAAAAAAAAACUAUUUAAAAGAGAAGUUUAAGUCAGACACAGACUCUUUCUCUUGUUUAGAUCUGAGGAUUACCUUAUGCCAACCAGGCUCCUUUUCACUGAGGGAAAACAUAAAGAAAUAGUAUAUCCCUAUCCAUAAAAUGUCAAAUAAUUAAACACCAACUAAAUAUUUGCAUGUUUCCAGACUGGUGAGGCUGCUAAAACACACUUCAGAUUCAGAUUAAUGUUAUUGUCAUAUUGUCACGGCGAAAUUUGUUCCAAUACAGCCUGUCCAAGAGAAAAAAAAAAGAGACACGACAUAUGACAACAGAGGACAUGGGUAGAACAGGUGCUGAGGCCGCAGCCAGUAGGCGCCGCCUUUAUCAUUAGCUGAGAAACACUGGAAAGAGGAGGGGGAAAAAAAUACAUCUUCCCACUGUGUAAAGACACAGUAUGAAUGUGCCAAAAAAACACCUCACAGAGAAGCAACGUACUCAUCAAUUAACAUCAAACAAGCAUAUGUGUCCUGGUCACCUGGGUGAUCGCCACUGCCUCCUGGCGCCACAUUUUAACUUGGUUUAUUUUGUUGGGAGGGGUGAUAGGAGGGGGCCACGGGAGGCGUUGAAUAAUGAGGGAGGUGUAUUUAUCAUUAUGUGCAUGUAUGUAUGCGUGUUUGUAUGAGUGGUAAGUCUGAACUAUGCCCCAGAUCUACCCAGCCAUCGUCAUUGAUGUUAUCAGCCAGCUCGGUAUAGUUCUGAUUCAGGUACACAGGUGUCAUGUGGGGAAAGGGAGGGCUAGUGGGAGCAUCUUGUUUUCAGUCAUCCAGGGAAAUUGUGACUAGACCGGCCUGCCAAGCCGCUCUGUCAAGGUCAGAUUGUAAUAUCAAGAACUGCAUUUGGGUCAGGCAGACUCCAAAUGCAUCUAACUACUAUGUGUUUGCACGAGGCUACAGCUUCAAAAAGUAUGAACAAUAAACAUAUAAUGAAAUGUUUAAUUUACUUAAACAGUA